AUGCCGUUUAGACCUAAAUCUAACCACUCCCUUAGAGAUGGAGACCGACUACGUCAUAUACUGGUUAACUGGAGAAAGAGAUUUCUAAGUCCAAAGAGAAGAAGAACACAGCUGACUUUGUUUUCUAUGUUGGCGUUUAGUCUAUUCUCAAUAUACGUUUUUGCAUACUGGUUAUAUGGUGUUAAGUCGCACGUGGAAACGUUACCUGCAAAACAUGGCCAUUACAAACAUUCGGUUAACUCGGUAGUUCCAUUCAUUUGUCCAAGUACUAAGCAUUUAGAUGAACUAAAAGAACGAGGUGUUCCUUUUCUUUUUACAAGAAGGAUCGAUGAACAUGGGAACAGUAGGUAUGUGAUUAAAGAAGACGAUGUUCCAUUGUCCGCGAAAGAGAAAAAUGAGCUGAAGGAUCCUUAUUUAAUUGCAAAGAGAGACUUUUUAGACUCCGGGAAAUUAGUUUAUAGGAAGAAAACUGAUCACCCUGAGAUUGUUAUUGUUACUUUAAUUGAUUUUGACAGUUAUGACAAGGAUACUGUUAUCAAAAUUAUCCAGAACAGGGUUAAUUAUGCAACACAGCACAAAUAUGGGACAUAUAUUCGCUGGGCCCAAGAAUUUAUUCCAUUGGUUGAGCGUCAGUCAGUGCAAGAAAGUUACGAAUUUAUGAAACCGUUAAUUAUAAGAGCUGCUUUCUUCGCCUUCCCAUAUGCGAAGUAUUUUUGGUUUAUUGAUCAGAAUGGCUUGAUUGUGAAAAUGGACUUUUCAUUAGAUCAGUUUUUAGUGCCGAAGAUUCUCAAUCAGUUUAUUCUCAGAGGUACCUCGAUAGUUAAGGGUUCAAACAUCAAGUCGUAUGCCGAACUUCCAGCGAACCGUGUGAAGAUCAUCAUCCCGCAAACCAAAGACAUGGAGUUGGUAACUGAUUCUUUUAUAGUUGCACCGGGCUUAUAUGGUAAGGCGUUUUUGGAUUAUUUAUCUGAUCCAUUGGUGAGAAAUUCCCAAUGGGACAGUAUGGCUUCCAGUAUUGGUCAUAUGCUGCAAUGGCAUCCGAAAAUGCUAGCAAGGACUGCAUUAGUACAUUCAAAAGUUAUAGCUGCCAGAUAUAACUACGACAGGGAACCAGAAAAGAAGGGUGAUCUUUAUUGGUAUUCAAUGGAAGAUCCCGUCAUUCUAUUUCAUGGUUGUCGUGAAAGGGGUUCUUGUGUUUCUGAUAUUAACUCAUUUGUUCAAAAGUAA